AAAUGGGAAGGUAAAAUUUACAUUAUGUAAUUAGAUUUAUUUCUUUUAUGUUAAUAUUUUCUUCAUAAUUUUGAUUAACAACUUACAUCUUUUUUAUAUACAUGUUGUAUUGUUAACACUAUAUCUUAUUUUGUAGCAUGUUUGUACAUAUAACCUUUAAUGUCCUUUAUUUUACAAAAAUGGCGGCUCUUCCUCAGCUGAACAGACAAGUCAAGGCUUUGUAUUAGAGUGGAAAGAUAUAUUUCCAUUUAAAUUGCAUGCAUAUAUUUUUUCUUUAUGGUGCCAAAUUAAUUUUCUUUUUCUUUUUUUUUAUUUUCAACACAGCGGAUAUAGUAUCUUUUAAUAAGAAACCAACCCUACAAAAGUACAAUCUAAAUGUCCAGAGAUAUAUGUACCAAACGAUUCGAUUCCAUUUACAGAGAUAUUUUCCAAAUAUGAAAAUGAUAAUUACAAUGUAUAUAUAAGGCACUAGUUUAUGCAUUUAUAUCACUGCAAUGAGUCUUCAACAAGACAUAGAGAAAACGGGGUACCGAAACUGGGUCAAAGGUGGAUUGGCAUAUAAAUAUCUCCGACGGGGUAUAGCAGAUUUCAUCGAUGAUGCGGUUAAGAAGGAACAUGAAAGAAUUCUUUCAACAAUAAAACACAAACCCGGGACCACGUGUAGCUCUUGUUGUCUUAGAAAUCUGAGACCUUUACAUGCGUGCAAGAAAAAUCAUAUUGGCAAAAAUAAAUGUCCUUUUGACAUAAAAGGAUGUGGCUGUUUUUGUCCUAAGAAUACAUUCCCCUGUCCUGCUAAAAUCUGUGAUGCUAUUCAUACAGAAAUAAUAAAUUGUCAUGGCUCAAUGCCCCCUGAUCCAAACUGGAAAAAUACAGACAUACAUAAAUGGUGUACCAGUCCGUGGGAGAUUGGAAAAUGUUACAUCAAAGCUCCGGGAUAUUCAAAGCUGACAAAGGCAGCAGAUAUAGACAUAGCAGGAUUGCUUCAUGUAUUAAUAAACAACAUUAGUCUCAAAUCUCAUCUGUCAGAUACAUUGAACAGCAGCGGGAUGCUUGAAAAGACACUGCACGGAAGAAAUAAUCUAUGCCAUUCUGCAAACAUGGAGCUUGAUGAAUCUGAACUGAAUGAUAUUAUAGAUGAUAUGAUAAGAAUACUUGAGGACAGUGAGGAACUGGGAGCAAGGUGUGAUGCAAAAGAAGCGAUCGCUAAUUUAAAUCAGUUAAAGGAAAAGACGUUUAUUAUUACUACUAAUGAUGAGGCAGAAGUAUUCAAACAAUCUUUUAACAUUCUUUCUGAAAAAUGCGAGGAAUUAACCCGUACCAUUCAAGAGGCAAAGGACGAUAUUGGUGCGAGUGGUGCAAAACAGAUAGAAACAAUUAAAGAUACGACGAGAACAGUUGUUCAAGACUUUUUGAAAGAAGAACGUGAAAAAACGGAUAAGAUCCUCUACGAUCGAGUCGAACGCCUUGAAUCACGACUGACAGCGAUAGAAACUGAAUUUCACAAAUUUGAAAACUUGCGUGUUAAACAUCGAAAUCAAUUAGACUUCGUACAGGCAAAACUAGCACUUCAGAAAAGAUUAGUCCACCUUUACCAAACUCAUUACAUAAAGACAUCAAUUUCACCUUUGAAAUCACAAGAAAAUGACUUGAAUAUUGAAGACAUGUACGUAUUUCCAAACAUGACCAUGGAAGACAAGAAGAAAGGGGACAAGACACAUAACUUACAUCGGACAAGAGAUUCACAAAACAUUUCAAGGCCCGUAAGUCAUUAUCGAGAUAUACUACAAACAAAUGAUAAAAAACAUAGAAAUAUAUAUAUUGUAGGCAACGUAGGUACUGGAAAAAGUGCCUUUUGCAAAAUGAUGAUUCAGAAUUGGUGUUUAGGCAUACUUGUGAAUGAACGGCAAAGGUCUGGUAACAGUCCUAACAUCCAUCAACAGGACAAAAAAGAUGGUAGUGUUGAUGAUGAAAUUAUGUAUGAAAAUUGUUCCUUAAAGACAGUAGAUAAAAAUGAGUCUAUGCCAUCUGAUGAAUAUGAUAGCAGUGAAAAUGGUGAAACAAUACCUUCAAUCGGAAUGCACGUCGAAGGGGAUUAUAAUGAAGUUUUUUCUAAAACUAACAUUGAAAAUAUGAAAGAAAUCAAACAGUUUGAGUUUCUCUUCUUCGUACCAUUAGAACGAAUGUCUGGUUAUGGGAGUUUCAUCGACAUGAUAAAAUCAUUUGCCACAUCUACCGAUCUUUCAACAUCAGAAAUCAUAGAUAGAAUAUUUGCCACAGAAUCUGAACGCUGCCUUGUCAUUGCUGACAGUUUGGAUGAAUGGAUUCCUCCAGAACCUAAAGGUUUAUUACCACAUGAAAGUUACGGGUUACCCAGUAGAAACCAACUACAUGCUGCAAGAAUCAUAACAUUGUCUCGGCCUUCAGCAAAGGGUAUUAUCAACAUGAAAUCUUCUGAAUGUGACCAGAGAAUCGACUUGUUAGGAAUAAAUGUAAAACAUAUGAAAAUGUUCGUAAGAAAAUACCUUGCACAAAAUGACCAAACUGAUCAAUCAUGUAAAUCAUUUUUAGACAAAAUUAGAUUGAGCGAAAUUGAAAAAUUAGAAAAUAAUCCUCUGCUUUUACAACAACUUGUAUGGUUAUUCUGUAUGGAGAAUGAUAUUGGAAGAUCUUCAACUGAUAUAUACAGUCAUCUUUUGAACAUCAUGCUUGCUUGGUCAGAGGAUAAAACAGGGGAUGCAUGUUUGCAAGAUAUGCCCCUCACCGAUACUACAGUACUGCCCGAUCUUUUACACAGAUUUCCAAGAUGUGAGGAAAACAAACAAUUUCUGCUUCAAAUUGGAAGUGUUGCGUUCAAAUUAUUGGUUGAGUCAAGAACAAGUACUUUCAGUCGGGUAUUUCUAAAGGAGAAUGGUUUAUCAACAAAAUCAAUACAGAAGGUAAUAAACCUAGGCAUUGUUGUUGAAGAAAAAUGCUUUAAUCCUACAAGAGAGAGAACUACGUUGAUAUUCAUCCAUAAAUCUUACCUGGAGUUCUUUGCAGCUCUUUAUUUAGUCAGCCAAUGCCACAGAGUGCAUAAUACUGCAUCAGGGAUGAAUCAAAGCAAAACUACAGCGAAGGUAUUUCAUGACUUGCUUAAAGAUUUCGAGUCAGUUGCAGCUAUAUUGCAGUUAUCAAACGUGUUGAAAAUGGUAUGUGGAAUGUCACCCGGUUCUAUUAAAGAUAUUACAGAAGUCAUUUGCUAUAUCGCAAGCAUUGAUGAUGAUAUGAUAAGGGACAGGGACUCGCGCUUCGAGGAUAGUUACUGUACUCUGAUAUACCAAUUUGAGCAUCUUAUAUCUGAUUGCUUACAAGAGGGAGACUUAAAUGAACAGGUGAUGAUACAUAUGUGUGAUGUAACUGUUGAUUAUGAUACUAACAUUAAUACAUUGCACCAUAUAGUCAAAGACAGCGUGAUUAGUUUUUGGAACUUUGAAUAUUUUGAUCUGGAGUUAUUUAGAUGGGUAUUAGGCCUUACCCGUCUUCAGUAUAUUGAUGCUGACCUUGACGAGUUACCGCAUGAUUGUAUGGAACAAUUGUCGUCAUUCAUACAUACAUCACCUCUAAAGGUUAUAAGGUUGUCCGAUUUAACUUGUACGAUGAAAAAGUGCGAAGGUCAUAUGCUUGACCUUGGUAGGCACAACGAUCUGAAGAAACUUGACAUUGAUUGUCAUAAUGUAAUCAUUUCUAACAUCAACACUGAAAAUCUAAAAUGUCUGCAUGUAAAUCCUCAUAGCAUCUUGCAUUUUAGUAUGUUGUUAAACGCUAGAUGUCUGACUGAACUGGAUCUGUCAAGUGUUCACGAAAACAGGUUUUUAUUUACAAGGGAAAUAAAUUCUGUUUUGCACACGCUUCACCAGCUGGAAAAGUUGAUGCUAUCUUAUGUUGAUAUUGCCAGUAGGUCUAUAACUGUCGAUUCAAGUAUGAAGAAUCUCGAAGUAAUUGGCUUUUACUGGGUCCAUAUGAACAUUGAAACAGUGCAAAUGUUUGUUGACAGCCUUUGUGAUCUUCAAAAUAUUGUUCAUGUUACGUUCAACGGAUCGGAAGUGGAUGAAGAUGCAUAUAUAAAUAUUUCAAAACGCAAAAAGAUGCUGGUGACGCGUAUGCCCUGGGGAGAUAUAUAUACACGCAACACAGUAACAUGACUGUUCCCAUCGUAAACAUAUCUUUGAAUAUGUAAAAACUGGUCAAACCCUGACAAUUGGAUCAACUACAAUAAAGCUGUAGCCAUCAAUUUCAGGGUAUUUUAUAAACAUUUUCAUCUGCAUUGAUGAUCAAUUUUAUUAUUACACUCAUACAGAAUAUUAAGAUUGUUUUAUGAUAUGAUGUCAAAACACAUCCUGCACGUUAUUAUUUCAUUUUGUUAUUAUUUCUCAUAAAUGUAUGCACAAUUGGUUUUGUAUCUGAAUAAUUUAGGAUAAUUAAUUUCGAUUCCUUCAAAUGCAUAAAUAUAAUAAAAAGUGACAG